AUGGACCACCAAGACCUGAAGCCCGUCAUCUGGCACAAAACGGAGAAGAAGCCGAGGCCGAAAAACAUAGGGGAGGCGAGAAAGCUGGGCAUCGACGUGGAGGUGGAAAAGAAGUUCCUCGGAGGAAAAAACAAAUCUUGCAAGGGAAACCUAAUAAUAGAAAAUAAAGCCAAAAUAGAGCAAGAAACGGAAAACUUCAAAAUCGACAGAGUCACCCCGGUGUUUUCUAGAGCCCUACAACAAGCGAGGAUUAAUAAAAAGCUAACCCAGUCUCAGCUAGCUAGACUUGUAAACGAGAGUGAAUCGGUCAUAAAGGAAUAUGAAAAUGGGAAGGCCAUCCCCAAUAAUGUUAUAAUUCAGAAGCUGAACCGCGUCUUGGGAAUUAAUUUGCCAUCCCCCAAGAAGAAGUGA